UUAGUAAAAAUAUAUAAAAGAGGAAGAGCUUAAGUUUGUUAAAUCUAAGUAUACGUAUUAAUAUAUGUAUAUCAAAAUUAUCUGUUCUAUAUUUUUCUGCAAAUAGUUGUUAAAAAUUAAAAAACCGGUUUCAAAAUUUUUUGUUUGUAAUGGAAGGAAAAUCAUCAACUCGAAACUCAAAAAACGACAAAAACUACAAUCAUAUUGGAAAAAUUCAAGAAAUUAUCCACUACUUGGACGGCGAAAUACAUGAUCUUGUACCGAAAUAUCCAAUUAAUACGGCCCUAUUAGGAAUCAGUGCACAAACGCACGAAAAUAAAGAUAGAAAAAAUGUUAAUGAUCAGGAAUGCCCACUCCCCAUAAAUAUUGAUGUACCCAUUGAUAAGACCGCAAAAAUUGAGGUGCGAAUGCUUUUAAGUUUCUAUAGUAAACAAGCUCAUGAAGCUUUUCAAAAGCGACGCCUUUUUAUAGUAUAUGGAAAUUUCUACACUUUACGUCACUCCUUACUAAAACGUCGUUGGGUAGAGAAACUAUCACGAAAUCGAUAUGCCAACUUGCAAGCUCUUCCAAAUGAAACAUUAAUAAGAUACGUGCGCCCUGGAAAUGAAUUUGAACAGGCUGUAAUGUCGAACUUGGUUAGUCGUUAUCCACCGUUCUUUAUAUGGCAACCUAAAGCAAUGAAAGAUUCCUACGCAGAAGAAUUACCUUAUCGUAACAGAAUACGCCGUGGGCGUACAUUAGAUUUUUCUACAAAAAUUGGUUUAAUUGGUUGUUCCGAACAGGCAUCUUGGUAUCGAAAAGAAAACAUAUGUGGUAUGAAAUAUCCAAGAUUUUAUCGCCUUGGUGGAACCUCAGCGGAACGUUUAGCUUUUAUUGAUGACUUUUGUCAAACACAAUGUCGUAACUUUGUACGUUUUCUGUGGAAUAACUUUUAUUAUAUUGAUUUACUUAUUGACGAAGAACAUGGAACAGAACCAGCAGAUACAGUGAAUUUCGCAAUAAAAAAUGUAGUGAAACAACUCAAUGAAUUUUCACACACGGAUCUCGAUGAUGAAUCUUGGAAUCCUGAAAACGAUAAAAAUUUUCAUAUAUGGCAAGAUUUUUUAAAAAGUUCAAACAACAUUAUUUUUAACAGAUCGAAAUUAAAAAUGAAUCGUGUUGAAUUUUCGGAAAGUAUCAAAAGUGGUAAAUUGUAUCUGCAGAAAAUAUUUAACAAACAUCCAGAUUUUCAUUGGGAUGGGUGCAGAAAUCUUUGGAUACUAAAACCAGGAUUUAGGGGUUGUGGCUUUGGCAUUAUUGUAAGAAACGAUUUAGAUGAAAUUCUGGAAUUUGCAAGUAUCAAUAGUAAUAGGAGAUAUAUUGUGCAAAAAUACAUAGAACGGCCGUUGAUAAUAUAUAAAACAAAAUUUGAUAUAAGAAUGUAUAUGCUGCUCUCAGUUAACCAAAAAAAUCUAUCAAUAUGGUUGUAUAAAGAUUGUUAUUUGAGAUUUAGCUCUCAGCAGUUUGAUAUGAGUGAUCUCAGAGAAGUAAUACAUUUAACUAAUAACUCUAUACAAAAGAGGUAUAAAAAUCCCGAACACAGAGAUAAACGAUUGCCUGGGAAUAAUAUGUGGUCAUUAGCAGAGUUUAAGAAAUAUUUGAGCGAUCUACCAGAAACCGAAGAAAUUUGGAAUACGAAAAUAUAUCCAGGGUUUGCAGCAAAUUUAAUAGCAGUGGUGAUGGCUAGUCUUGAAGAUACAACGUUCGUUGAAAACGCUUUCGAACUGUUCGGUUGUGAUUUCAUGUUAGAUGAGGAAUUUAAUCCCAUAUUAAUAGAAAUUAAUGCAACUCCAGAUUUAUCAAGGUCGACUAAAGUAACUGCAACCAUCUGCCCAAUGAUGUUAAAAGAUAUGGUCAAGGUUGUUGUGGACUUACCGAAAGAUCCAUCAGUAGUACCAGGUUUAUUUGAAUUAGCUUUUAAAGUGCGUUACGCUCCAAGAAAGGAUUUUCAACCGAAUUAUUGCUUAAGUGUCUCAGGUAUACAGAUGCAAGGGACUCAGAAACCAAUCGAACUCAAAGUAAACAGCGUAACUACGCCAAAGUCGAUGUCAAAGUUAACCCAAGCAAAUAGCAAGCAAAUUCGUUCACCAUCGAAGAUAUCGAAAGUGGUUAGUUUAGAUAACAACAGAUCAAUGACGGAAAAGGAAUAACAAACAAAUUGUAUGUAAGUAUUUAUUUGUACAUUUUAUUAAUGUUGUUUUUUUCGGUGUUGAGAUAAAUAAUUCAAUUUGCAACCCUGAAGUAGUUAACUAAAUCCCCUUACCGCAAGUCAUUUAUAAUCAAUGAAACCAAAGAGUUGGAUUUGGAAAAUCUUUGUAGUAUAUUUGAAUUUUUUUCUAUACACUAAUCGAAAAUAAAAUAAUCAAAAUUAAAGAAAGUUUUAUGAAU